UCUCUCUCUCUCUCUAUUUUCCAUCUCUUAAAAUUUGUUGGCAGGACAAAGCAGCCUUUCGGAGAUCUCAAGGGCCUUCUAACCCUCGGUGUUUCCUAAGUUGCCGUGAACCUCGCCUUCUUUCUUCGCACCCUGAAACAUCAUUGGACUUGACUCUUAUAUAAAAAUUCUUUCAUUAGCCAACAGAGGAAGCAAAGAGAGAGACAGAGAUGGCGGCCCUUUCUUCAACACACUGCCGUUCGUAUUCACCAUUACAAUCGUCGUCUUUUGGACCUUCUUCUUCUUCGUCUUCGUCAUCGUCAUCGUCUAAUCUCGGCCAUUUUCAAAGGGUGUCGGUCUCUUCGGUUCCUAAGCGCUUUCUCGCGGCCAAGGUCUAUUCCCUACAGUCCCAAACGAAGUCUGUGGCCCGCAUGCAAGAUGGUGCGGUGGCCUCUACAAUAACCCCAAUUGAAAAUGAGACUCCUUUUAAGAAAUUGAAAGAUGGGCUGUUGUCGGUUCCAUCUCCGGACGAAUGUAAAGAUGCAGUGGGAUUUGGCAUCAAUGAAAAUGACUCCACUGUUAGUAUUACUGUGGUUGGAGCCUCUGGGGACCUUGCCAAGAAGAAGAUAUUUCCUGCACUUUUUGCACUCUAUUAUGAGGAUUGUCUUCCUAAGCACUUUACUGUGUGUGGUUACGCUCGGAGUAAGAUGACCGAUGCUGAACUCAGAAACAUGGUUAGCAAGACCCUUACUUGCAGAAUUGAUAAGAGAGAGAACUGCAGUGAAAAGAUGGAGCAAUUUCUUAGAAGGUGUUUCUACCAUUCUGGGCAGUAUGAUUCGCAAGAAAACUUUGCAGAGUUAGACAAGAAGCUGAAGGAACAUGAGGGUGGAAGGGUUUCAAAUCGCCUCUUCUAUCUGUCAAUACCUCCAAAUAUAUUCAUAGAUGCUGUAAGAUGUGCAAGCUCGUCAGCUUCAUCUGGUAAUGGCUGGACCAGGGUCAUUGUGGAGAAACCCUUUGGUCGAGAUUCGGAAUCCUCAGCCGCGUUGACAAAAGGUCUCAAACAGUACCUUAAGGAGGAUCAAAUAUUCAGGAUAGACCACUAUCUGGGAAAGGAGCUUGUGGAAAACCUAUCCGUACUCCGGUUUUCUAACCUCAUUUUUGAGCCAUUAUGGUCAAGGCAGUAUAUAAGGAAUGUACAGUUGAUAUUCUCUGAAGACUUCGGCACUGAAGGACGUGGAGGGUACUUUGAUAAUUAUGGGAUAAUAAGAGACAUAAUGCAGAACCAUCUGCUUCAGAUACUAGCCCUAUUUGCCAUGGAAACGCCGGUUAGUUUGGACGCAGAAGAUAUCAGAAAUGAAAAGGUCAAAGUUUUACGUUCAAUGAGGCCAUUACAGCUAGAAAACGUGGUCACAGGGCAGUACAAGAGCCACACAAAAGGUGGUGUUACUUACCCGGCCUACACCGAUGACAAGACUGUACCCAAGGACAGCUUAACUCCAACAUUUGCAGCAGCUGCCCUCUUCAUAGAUAAUGCAAGAUGGGAUGGGGUGCCUUUUCUAAUGAAGGCUGGGAAAGCAUUACAUACUAAGAGGGCUGAGAUAAGGGUACAGUUUAGGCAUGUGCCGGGAAAUUUAUAUAAUCGAAACUUUGGGACAGAUCUUGAUCGAGCUACAAACGAGCUUGUUAUUAGAGUGCAGCCUGAUGAAGCUAUUUAUUUAAAGAUCAAUAACAAGGUUCCUGGUUUGGGAAUGAGACUGGACCGAAGUAAUCUGAAUCUUCAUUAUGCAGCAAGAUAUUCGAAGGAGAUUCCAGAUGCUUAUGAGAGGCUUCUGCUCGAUGCUGUUGAAGGGGAAAGAAGGCUGUUUAUCCGGAGUGAUGAACUGGAUGCAGCUUGGUCGCUCUUCACACCUCUGUUAAAAGAGCUAGAAGAGAAGAAGAUUAUCCCGGAGUAUUAUCCACAUGGGAGUCGGGGUCCUGUCGGUGCACACUAUCUUGCAGCAAGAUACAAAGUCCGGUGGGGUGAUGUUGGUGUAGAUCAAUGACUCUAAGAAAGAGGGAGCAUAAAACUUUUUACUUAUUUGCUCGUUACGGUGCGCCAAAUUUAUGUAGUCCAAGGGAGAUGGAGAGUGUGAAAUUAGUGAUACGAUCAAAUAUAAUCCAGAAAGGAAGAAAAUGGUUUUUUUUUUUCGGUGUAUUAGCAUGUUCUUUGGUUGCUUCUAUGCCAGAACAUAGAAGUUUAGGAUUAUUUGAGCAUGGGAAUUGCUAUAAAUGUAUCCAUUCCUUCCCA